GGGGCGGCGGGUGCGAGCGCGGCGGGCCGGGCGGGCUGAGAUUAGCGGCCAUGUGACCUUACCUGGGCCGGGCGGCGGGGGAGGGGCGCGCAGGUGAGGCGGCGGCCGCCGGGCCCUGCACGCGCACUCGGCGGCCGCGGGCUCGGCGGCAUGGCUGUCAGCAGGAAGGACUGGUCCGCGCUGUCCAGCCUGGCCAGGCAGUGGACUCUAGAGGAUGAGGAGGAGCAGGAACGUGAGCGCCGGCGGCGGCACCGAAAUCUGAGCUCCACCACGGAUGACGAGGCUCCCAAGCUCGCCCAGAAUGGAGACGCACCGGCUGCCCAGAGACUGCUGAGCGUGGAGGAAGCAGAGGUGCCCAAGCCACGAACCUCAGCCUCUAAAGAUGAGGAGGAUGACACCCAGGCCAUACUCAGGACCCGGCGGGAGCGGAGGCAGAGGCGGCAGAUAGUGGAGGCUGCACAGGCCCCCAGCCCGCCGGGGGCACAGGAGCCAAGGCACAGCUCUGGCCCAGGGCAGGCCAAGCAGCAGCCCCUCGUGCCCAAGAAGGACGGGGAGCUGCCACCUCGCCGGAGACUGAGCCGGGAGCGGCGGGGCCCCUGGGCCAGGGAGGAAGAGAGCUUGGCGGGCCGCGAAUCCGAAGGCGGGAAGAAGGAGGUCUCAGAGAAGCCGGCAGUCUCGGAGAAGCCCCCCGUCCUGGGGAAGACAUUAGUACUUGGGAAGAGACUGGUCUCAGAGGAAACCUCCAUCUCAGAGAAGACUCUGGGCCCUGAGAAAACAUCUGUGUCAGAGAAGAAGUCAAUUCUAGAAAAAACAAGUGUGUGGGAGAAGCCGCCGGCCCCAGGGAAGACUUCAGACAUGGAAAGGAGAAUAGUUUCUGAGAAAGCAUCGCUCUUUGAGAAGUCUCUGGUGUCAGAGAAGACCCAGGCCACCGAGACAAAGCUAGCCCCAAGGAGGGCGGCCGCCUCAGGGCAGCCCCAGGCAGGGGGGCAGCCGGCCUCGGGGGGAAGCCACCUGCCCCCCACCACAGGGCAGAAGGGAAGGGCCCUCCCUGAGGAGAGCCCACCAUCCUCAGCCAAGCUGGGAGAGCAGGGGGCGCCGGACCCUCCGACUGUGGCUUCCCGCCUCCCGCCCAUCACAUUCCAGGUGAAAAUCCCCAGCAAGGAGGAAGAGGUAGACACACCCUCGCCCACCCAGACCACCUACAGCAGCUCCCUCAAACGCUCCAGCCCCAGGACCAUCUCCUUUCGGAUGAGCCCCAGGAAAGACAACUCAGAAACAACCUUAACCCGCAGCGCCAGCAUGCGGCUCCCGGCUGGCACGGUCAAGUUAGGGGAGAAGCUGGAGAGAUACCACACGGCUGUCCAGAGAUCAGAAUCAGUCAAGUCUCCUGGCUCCUCCCGCACCGAGUUCUUUGUGGCUCCCGUGGGCGUAGCCAGCAAGCGCCACCUCUUUGAGAAGGAGCUGGUAGGCCAGAGCCGAGCAGAACCGGCCUCCAGCCGGAAGGAGAACUUGAGGCUUUCAGGGGUUGUGACAUCAAGGCUCAACCUGUGGAUCAGCAGGACCCAGGAGUCUGGAGAUCAGGACCCGCAGGAGGUGCAGAAAGAGUCAGCAGCCACCAAGAGGACCCAGUGGGGAAAGAAAGACUCCUCCCUGGAUGUAGAGGUGUGACGAGCCCUGCCAGGAUGGACCUGCAAGUCUGCAUCUCAGGGGCCCUCCCUCAGGCUAGGCCCUGCCACCAGCAGCAUCCCUGUCUCUCAACCCUGCUCCCUCUCUGCCUCUGGACCUGGAGCCAGGAGUGUCAGGGAGACUCAGCCACCUCCUUCCCAGUCUAGCGUCUGGGGGCGGGUGUGCCCCGGCCCCUUCUCGUCCCACUGCAGGCACAGCGGGGGUGCAGCACCAGCUCUCAUCAGCACCGUGUGGCCUCCAUGUCCUGUCUGGAGGUGGCUUCCGGGCCCUGCUCACGUCCAGGGGGCAGGGCGGGUGCUGUCUCUGGAGAACUCCAAGAUUCCCCCUGGAGUGUGCCUCCAUGUGCCUGUGAUGUCUCCCUCACUGAGGCCUGGAGCCACACACUUCAGUCCCUGGGGCCUGCUUCCAGCUUGCUGAGGCCCGUCGGGCCAGAUUGUCCAGGCGCUGCCCUGCGUCUUCCGUGUGCCCUGUCUCCCUGCUUCCUUUGCCUCUCGCUUCCUUGGCCUGCUGCUCGGCCAGGAGCUCGGUGCCAUUUUGUGCACCCCUUCACCCUCUUUCUGAAAAAGCUGUUCUCAGGAAAGAGCUGAUAAACUCAUUCACUCUCAGGUGUGACUAACAAGACCUUAAGAAUGGAUUCCUUCCUGGAGGACUUGCUUUUGAGCAGGGUUGUCUGCAGUGUGUGAGGAGGAUUGUUGUGACUGGAUGGGGGGUUCAGCUGUCGUUUUCCCUGCAGCCCCACUUUUCCUCACGUUGAGGUGCGUGGCCACCCGGUCCUAGCUUAGUGGCUUGGCGGGGCGGGGGGGGGGCUGGGACUACAGUGCCACGCCUCCGCCACGCUUCCCCAGCGCGGUCUCCCAACAGCCUGUCCUCGCCACCCCCAGUGUCGUGGCCCGUGUGAGCUUGGAGAAGGCUGAGCUUUCUGAGCAUCUAGGACAAACCAAGCUCAGUCUGUCUGGUGCUCUGUCAAACCCCUUAAUGCUGUAAUUUAAAAAAAAAAGUAUGUGUGUGUGUACACACGUGUGUGUAUAUAUACAUAUAUGGAUAUCCAAUCUAUAUCACACACAGUUUAUGUACUCUAUACUACACACACAUUACACAUACACUAUAUACACACACACACCUAUUUUUCUUUCCCCAUUUGAAUUUGAUUAGAACUCUUCUUCCUGACUGCUCUGGUUUUACCCAGAACCAGCUGGGGAGGGAGGGCGGGAGAAGUGCAGAGCCCUCCCUGCUUCCACUUUGUCCUCUGUCCCCAGGCAUACCUGGAAAACCCCAGGGUUUCUCAGAACACAGCCCUUAAGGGCAUCACCAGGCCUUAGCUCCCCAAGCUUGUGGGCGCUGACACACCAGCCAGGGACUACCAGCCUUGUCCCAGCCUCUGUGCUUAUGAAUGAGGGCUCCUGUCUUGGGUCCUUUGGUCCAGGGGACAGAAGGCGCUCAGGGCCUCAUCUGCGCAGGCCUCCCAGUGAUCCCAGGCUGGCCCAUCUGCAGCUGGUGGCUGGUCCCGAGCCUGCACUGAGCUAGGGAUAGUGGGACCUGGAGGGCCCGUCCUGCACCCCACUUACUUGCCCAAGGGCGGAAGCUUUUGCAAGAGCUCCACCUCCAGAAUUUUGAGGACAAAACCAACGUUGCCCAGAGACUCAAAGGACCUGCUGGACUCAAGUUUCAAACAAGGACCUAGGAUUUUUGGAUGCUCAUGUUCUCAAGUUUGGGAAGUCUCCUGCCAGGUGAAUUUGUUCUGCAGGCAGAACUGUCCUCACAUAGAUCUUUCUUGGGAGAGGCUCCCAGAAACCCUCCUCCAGAGUGGAGGCCUGGGUGGGGGCGGAGGGGGCUGGCUUGGGCUGGGGUGUCUGGGGGAUCCUGGCGGCUACUUCCUCGGGGUGUUGAAACGCUUCACGCCUGCACAUCCUCCCUGGGGUGACCAUCAAGGACAGGCCGCAGGGUAGAGUGUUGGGGGACAUGACCCCGUGACUCCCUGUCCUUUGCAUUCAUGCCUCCCUUCUUCCCUUCCCCCACAAAGAGGCCCUGACCUCAUUCCUGGCAGGGGGACAGCCACCCGACAAGGAGACAAUUACAUGCACAAGAUGAUUUCAGCUGGGGACGGGUGUGAGGACAGAGUGCAGCAUGCUGGUGACUGGGUGGCUCAGUGGGCAGGGGAGGACUCUUGGGGGAGGUGACAUUGAGUCCCCUCUGGAGAGAGAAGGCCCCCUACCCACACACCUACCACCCCUUGCCUGGUCGACUCUUCUGCCCUAGUAUCCUUGGGGCCCCACACAUGCCCUGCUCUCUUGUGGGUCCUUAAAGUUGCAAGCAGUGUUCCAGUAUAUGCUUCUUCCAGUAAAACUCUGGGUAAGGACAGGGCACCCACGACAGGCUGGGAGCAGCCCUGCCGUGUCAAGGUGUGGCUGCUGGAAAGCAGCUGGAUUUUCUCACUGCCUGCCUGUCCCCCUGCUUCUCCGAAUUAAAUCCCUGCUUUAAAACAGUUAGUAAAA